UUUUUUUCCCCUUUCGGAGGAGGAGGAGGAGAGGGAAGGAGGGAGGUGUUCAAUGAGAGCUGCUCGGACCCCCCCUCCGCGCCUGAGAGGUGCUGUCCCUCCCUGAGCGGAGUGCGGGGAGAGAAGCCGGGAAGGCAGAGGCAGGUCCCGUUCCCUCGCUGUGCCGCCGGGGAGGGAGGAGGAGGGUGUUGGGGAGCGUGUCUGUGUGUGCGUGGUGGUAGGAGUUAUUUAUUUAUUUAUUGCUCCUGGUGGUUGCAGCUGGCAGACCUGGGAAGGAGUAGGCGCCAUUGCCAGAAGGAUUAUUGCCAGGGGAGCGGGGGGAGAGAGAAGAGACCCCGAGGCUCCAGAGAGGUGGCUCUUUUCCACCCGCUUUGGCUCCUGCCGCCGGGGGAUGCGCCCUGACUGAGAGGGGCUCGGCUCCCUUCCGCCACUCUGUUCGUCCUCCCCACCCUCAGUCCUCCUCCUCCCCAUCCAGCAGCAUGCAUCCCUCUCAGCGGAGACCGGCCGCUGCCACCUCCAACCCUGCCAUGCUCCUGCUGCUCCUGUGCCUGGGCUGGGCGCCGCCGGGCUGGGGCUGGCUGCGGGGCAGCUCCCGGGGGGCGGCCGGGCUGCCCCCCAACGCCACCACGCCGAUCUCCAUCAUGGGCUUGAUGCCGCUCAGCCAGUCCGAGGAGGACCAGAAGAGCAAGAUCGGCCGGGGCGUGCUGCCCGCCGUGCAGCUGGCCAUGGAUCAGAUCCGCAACGAGUCCCUGCUCAACCCCUAUUUCCUGGACCUGCGUCUCUACGACACGGAGUGUGACAAUGCAAAAGGACUCAAAGCCUUCUAUGAUGCAAUAAAAUACGGACCUAAUCAUCUGAUGGUUUUUGGCGGUGUAUGUGCAACAGUUACUUCUAUCAUCGCUGAAUCUCUAAAGGGAUGGAAUUUGGUUCAGCUUUCAUUUGCAGCAACAACCCCAGAAUUGGCUGAUAAGAAAAAAUAUCCUUAUUUCUUCCGGACAGUGCCAUCUGAUAAUGCAGUGAAUCCAGCGAUUUUGAAGCUACUCAAACAUUAUAAGUGGAAGAGAGUAGGAACUUUAACCCAGGAUGUACAAAGGUUCUCUGAGGUGAGGAAUGAUCUGACUGGUGUCCUUUACGGUGAAGACAUUGAGAUUUCAGAUACCGAGAGUUUCUCCAAUGAUCCUUGCACAAGUGUAAAGAAGCUUAAGGGCAACGAUGUUCGAAUAAUCCUUGGCCAGUUUGACGAAGAAAUGGCUGUGAAAGUUUUCUGCUGUGCUUAUGAUGAAGAAAUGUAUGGCAGCAAGUAUCAGUGGAUUAUUCCUGGGUGGUAUGAAAACCUUUGGUGGGAAUCCUGGAUUAAUUCCUCACAGUGUCUCAGCAAAAAUCUUCUUACAGCCAUGGAAGGUUAUAUUGGAGUGGAUUUUGAGCCUCUCAGUUCAAAAAAGACAAAGACCAUAUCAGGAAGGACUCCACAGCAAUACGAAAAGGAGUACAAUGAUAAGCGAGGAGAUGGGCAAUCCAGCAAGUUCCAUGGUUAUGCCUAUGAUGGAAUAUGGGUGAUUGCCAAGACCCUGCAGCGGGCAAUGAAGUAUUUGAAUUCCACCAACAAGCACCAAAAAAUUGAAGAUUUUAACUACACAAAUCACAAAUUGGGCAAAAUCUUUCUGGAUGCUAUGAAUGAAACCAACUUCAAUGGAGUAACGGGUCAAGUUGUUUUCAGAAAUGGAGAGAGGAUGGGAACCAUCAAAUUUACACAGUUCCAAGAAAGAAAGGAAGUGAAGGUGGGAGAGUACAAUGCUGUGGCUGAUGAACUGGAAAUUAUGAACAACAGCAUUAGGUUCCAAGGACUUGAACCUCCAAAGGACAAAACAAUUAUACAGGAGGAGCUACGCAAGAUCUCUCUGCCUCUCUACAGCAUCCUCUCUGCCCUCACCAUCCUAGGAAUGAUUAUGGCCAGCGCUUUCCUGUUCUUCAACAUCAAAAACAGAAAUCAGAAACUAAUAAAGAUGUCCAGUCCAUACAUGAACAACCUUAUUAUCCUUGGAGGGAUGCUUUCUUACGCAUCUAUUUUUCUUUUUGGCCUUGAUGGAUCCUUUGUCUCCGAAAAGACAUUUGAGACACUUUGCACAGUCCGAACCUGGAUUCUUACAGUGGGCUACACAACUGCAUUCGGAGCAAUGUUUGCGAAAACGUGGCGAGUCCAUGCAAUUUUCAAAAAUGUGAAAAUGAAGAAGAAGAUCAUUAAAGACCAGAAGCUACUGGUGAUAGUUGGAGGGAUGCUACUGAUUGAUCUUUGCAUCCUGAUUUGCUGGCAGGUUGUGGAUCCAUUGAGAAGGACAGUGGAAAAGUAUAACAUGGAGCCAGACCCUGCAGGCAGAGAUAUCUCCAUCCGACCAAUCUUGGAGCACUGCGAAAACACUCACAUGACAAUCUGGCUUGGGAUUGUGUACGCUUAUAAAGGGCUGCUGAUGUUAUUUGGGUGUUUCCUAGCCUGGGAGACACGAAAUGUCAGCAUUCCUGCUUUGAAUGACAGCAAGUACAUUGGAAUGAGUGUCUACAACGUGGGGAUAAUGUGCAUUAUCGGUGCUGCUGUUUCCUUUCUCACUCGGGACCAACCCAAUGUGCAGUUCUGCAUCGUUGCUUUAGUCAUAAUAUUCUGCAGCACCAUUACGCUCUGCCUUGUGUUUGUACCUAAGCUCAUCACCUUGAGGACAAAUCCAGAUGCAGCCACACAGAACAGACGGUUUCAAUUCACUCAAAAUCAAAAGAAAGAAGACUCAAAAACCUCAACGUCGGUCACCAGCGUCAAUCAGACCAGCACAUCGCGACUAGAAGGGCUGCAGUCAGAGAACCACCGCUUGAGAAUGAAAAUUACAGAGCUGGACAAGGACUUGGAAGAAGUCACAAUGCAGCUUCAGGACACUCCUGAGAAAACAACAUACAUUAAGCAGAACCACUAUCAGGAUCUCAAUGACAUUCUUAGUAUACGGAACUUUACAGACAGCAAAGAUGGUGAGAAAGCCAUUUUGAAAAAUCAUCUUGAUCAAAACCCACCAGCACAAUGGGGCUCAUCAGACCCUUCCAGAACAAGCAAAGAUCCUAUAGAAGACAUCAACUCCCCAGAACACAUACAGCGUCGGCUGUCUUUGCAGCUGCCCAUUCUUCAUCAUGCCUACUUGCCAUCCAUAGGAGGAGUUGAUGCUAGCUGUGCCAGUCCCUGUGUAAGCCCCAGCGCCAGUCCUCGGCACAGACACGUGCCGCCUUCCUUCCGAGUCAUGGUUUCGGGGCUGUAGGAAAGGGAGAUCAGUGCUUCCUGAACUGUUUUUAAGUACUCAAUGACUGGACUAAACAUCUGACCUAGAACUCUGCUACAAACAUGUAACAUUGGCUCUUACCGCAGAGGAACUACCAACUGAGGCCAUCAUCACAGGAGUGCUCGUGUAACUCAUGUGGGAAGGCAAAGGAGAAAGACACAAGGAGUUUGAUCUGUAGCCUUAUUCAUGGAGUUUUUAUUUCUCCACGUAGAAGUCACUGAAAAACGUUUCUUCCCAAAUUUCUACUGGCACCGAGGAGGCUGGGAAAUACGGAUCUUGCAAAAAAGACACUAGGAAAUAACAAAACUAAACCAGAAACCACUCAAAUGUCACUGAGAUUUAUGUGGCUGCUGAGAACAUGCAAUUCUAUACUGUAUCCAUGUAAGGAAAAUACCAUGGUUAAGCUAUACCAUAUUUAUUGAGAUAGAUACACUCAUUUUUACAAGAGUUGUGUUAAAUUGCUGGAAACAUUCUGCACUGGUUAGUCUUGCUUGUUUUCAUUUCAGGGAUGAUGUUUGGUAGGACAGGAGGAAGAUGAGAAACGAUUUCUCAGGUGCCAUUGAGACUGCAGUGCUGUGAGCAGGGUUCUCCGAGUUGCAGCUCUGCAUGAAACUCAAGCGGAGGCUGAAGCUCCAGCUCUGAGUUGUUACCAGCUAGAGAGCUGCUGUUUGGAAGCAGGGCACUUCACCCUUCUCCAGGGAUGAUGGCACUGACUGCUGACCAUCUGCAGCUUCGUUUUAGCAAAGUUUCUGCGCUUAUUUCAGAACGCCACCAAGUGCAAUGUACUAAACUGACUGGAAAAGUCUUAGGGCUGAUGACUCAAGAAGCUGAGGGCAGAUGGGGAGUAGAGUCUUAAUGUCACAGGACAGAUUGUUUUUCAUAGUUUGUUUAAAUUAUCUCACACAUAAUUACAAUCUAGUGGACUUGGUGGGGGGAGGGGUUAGGGGCACAGUGUUUUGUUGCUGCAGGCAAAGCCUGCAGAGCACAUAGAUGUGAAUAUACACUAUGUUUGCUUUGUAUUUGAGUGUGUGACAGUUGUAGUGGGCAAUAGAAAGGACAAAUCAAAUUUACCAAUAGAAUAUUUUAUUUGAAUCCUAAAAGGACUGUGAAAAAUAAAAAAAAA